AUGCAAUUCUCAAAGAUCUUAGCUACUUCCGCUUUGGCUGCUGCCGUCUCUGCUGCUAACGUCACUGUUACCACUGACGUUGUUGUCACUGACUUCACCACCUACUGCCCAGGUCCAACUUCAGUUGUUGUUAACAACAAGACUAUCACUGUCACUGAAGCUACCACCUUGACCAUCACUGGUCCAUGCACCAUCCCAACCACCUAUACCACCACUGAGAGCCUCACUGCCACUGAGACUGCUACUUGUACUGAAGAAAAAUGUACUGGUACCGCUGCUCCAACUUCCGAAGCUGAAGGUUCUGUUGCUUCUUCCACUGUUGCUGCUGUCUCCACCGCUGAAGGUGCUGCUGCUAAAUUCGGUGUUGGUGCUGUUGCAGGUGUUGCCGCUGUUGCUGCUGCUCUCUUCUAA